AUGGGAUUUCUGAGUGGUGUGCUUGGUGCAGUGAAAGAUGAUGAUGCAGUUAAAACGUAUGAUGUUCAUCAAUAUAUUAGUAAAUUACCAUCUACAAUACAAGGAAAAAUGCAUCGUUCAUCAGGUGAGUACAUUGGUGCAAUUAAUGCUGUUUCAGGUGCGCUGUCUGCUUGGGACUUGGACGUCACUGGGAGAACAAAACAUGUAAAAACCGCAUUCAAUAAUAUUAAAGAUGUAGCGUUUAUUGCAUUUCAUGAGUCACUUGUGUCACUUUUCAAUUGCUCUGCUAGUGAUGUCGCCGAUAAGUUGCAAGUCUGCUUUGACAAGGCGGAGGAGAUACGUAAGGCAUUCAAGUUGGCUAAGCAGGCUUAUACAAAUCUUGAUGAAGACCUGAAACACAAGUCGAAAGGGAAUGUAACCAACGUCAAAGUGCAAGUGGAAAAAUUUGUUGAAGCUGCUACUAACAAGGAGCUGAGAGUCGUCAUGGAUGUGACUAAGUGGCAACUAGAUGAGUUGCAGAUAAACGUAAGUGACAAUGUGCGUAGUACAAUUGAGGCGAUGGAGAUUAUGCUGCAAAACAAGUUUAGAGAUGAAAUUCAGAAUCCAAUUAUAGAUGUUAAAGAGAGGCUGAACAACGUCAAUGGUCAAUUAGAUGAUUGGAUACUCAUGGCCCAGGAGGUUGUGAAGGCGGCGGAGAGAAAGUGUGUGGAAAUAUUGAAGAUAUUGACCGGAGAUGGACAGGGCGAUAGGGAGGCUGUAAUAAAGGCUGUGGAGAAGUUGCAUACUAAGGCAAAUGAACUUUUCAAGGCUGCAAACAAUACUAAAAAGCAGAUUGUAGACUGGUCGCAAUCGGCGCUUGACGCCGUCGUGACUACGAAUUUGGCUUUAAGGACAGAUUUGACUCAGGUGAAAGCGCGUGUCAGUGAAGGUAUACGGGAUUAUUUCAUGGCGUAUGUCAAAAACGUUCAGACGCAAGUUGGGCUUAUUAAAGGAAAUCACAACGACAAAACAGGUAUGGAGGGAAUUCGAAUGAAAAUAGUAGAUAAAUGGGCUUCGAGAUUUAAAGAUAAGCUACAGUUUGAGGAGACCGUGAUAGCUUGGAUUUUCGAUAUUUUGGAAGAUAAUGAAUUAGUCGUGGAACAUUUGACGGAGUACGUUUCGGGAAACAGUGUGUUAAACGGAAAAUAUUAUGAUGAUGAAAGUGACAAUUACAAGUUGCUCAAAGAGGAUAUAGCAAAAGAAAUUGUUGCAAAUCUCAAUGCUGACAGCGAUAUUAUUCUGGAGGUCUCUCAAGCAGUGACAGAGCAGAUACGCGCUACGAACACUAUUCAGGAGCAUAUUGAUGCCGUGAUCAAAGGUAUAGAUUCGUUUGCGAGAUUACUGAAUAUAGAGAUUGGUAAGAAGAAACUCACCAAACAUAGUGGUACACUUGUUGAACAUUUAGCCGCAAAAAUUGCAGCAAAAGUCGUCAAUUCUCCAUCUUCGUACAGCCAUAAAGAGGGAGAUCUGCAAGCCGCCGUGAGGAAAACAUUGAACGUGCUUUCCUCCACUGCUAAUCAGGCUGCGGAAGAGCUUUCAUCAUUUGCUGGCAUCGAAGAAGAAGAAAUCAAAAUUGGCAAAAAUGUAGACUCCGCGCUAAGUGUAGUUACGUCGCUUGCCACCGGUUUUAUUGAGGCACUAAAAAAUGGCAACGAAGCCACCCCUCCCACCUAUGACCUUUCCACUCCUGGUCAGGUUGACCUUAAAGACAAUAUUCCACUGACAAUUGAAAAAAUACUAGACAACAGAAUUGGUAAGGGUCGAGAUAAAGGUGCUGUUAAUAUCAAUAUCGAGAGCAAAACAUUUACGUCUUACGAUGGUUAUAUCCGACAAAGGAAACUGUCGAAUGAAAAACCAAAGCUUACCGGCAACAAGGGUGAAGACGAGGGUAACCUUCCGCAAUCAAUAGGAGAGAUUAGGGAAAAGGUGCAAGACGCACUUUCGAUUAUCGAUUCGAGUGGCCGUAACGGCAAUAUAUACGAAGAAACGUUUAACAAAUUGUGUGAAGAAGUUAACUCGCAAUUCCGAACUCUCUGCAAUAAGGUCAAAGAUAUGGUCGAGUGUGACUGUACGCCAAGCACUACCGAAGACAAAGUGCCAUCCGAUAGAGGCGUGCAAAAAUUGUUGGACGAUUUGAAAAAAAUGAUACAUGAUGAAGGCGAGGAAACUAUCUAUUCGCUACCCAAACGUUUAAGAGAGAUCCACAAAACACUGAAAACCACAAUAAUUGGCUAUCCAGUCAGCGGCGACUUAAGCGGCGCACCUACCACCCUGGAACAAAUCAUUUAUGCAGCCGAUAAACUGGAUGGAUUAAUCGUUUCGCAGGCUAACGAGGCAAUGAGUACUAUAAUCAGUAAUGUAAAAACACAAGUUACAGAGAGGACCGAACACAUUCAAAAAGAAGCGAAGAGGGGUUAUCUGACAAGAAUUCGAAAACUGUUUAACGAAAUUGAAGGUAAGGUUGGAAUUGAGAUCAGGAAAUUGAAUGACAUUAUUACUAGCGAUCUGAAAAACGGUGUGAAGGGGUUUAUGAACUGCAUUAACGGUAAUAAAAAUUUACUGGAAACACUAAAAAAUGAAAUAUAUCUACCAUCAAUGUCCUUCAAUCUCAACAAGUUCCUCACCACGCUCAUGCACUACAUCAAAACACAAGUCUCCGGCGACAGCGCACUGAAAAGCGACGUCAGGUCCAUCUCCCUCCUUUCCCAUACGCUCCUCGACGACCUCUACUCUUCGAAGCAAUUUGACGACACCUUCAGCCAAAACUUAGAAAAUCUGAUAACCAAAGUAACGACAUUCGCACCUAAGCAAUUUCAGAACACCCACCAUCCCGAGUUGGGAGACAUACUGAAACAUGGAAUGACCGGUUUCAUAACCGAGUUGCAGAAGCAGUACAUAUCGCGGUAUUCGAUGGAAACGUUCAAAGAAGUGUUAACUACAACUAAGGACAAAAAAGACACAUUAACCGAUUACGGCCGGAAGUGCGCCAAGGUAUGUCUCAGCAUAGUGCCCAUCGUGACCGACUCACUAAAUGAGCUCAAGGAGAAGCUUGACAACGAAGACGGGAAGUGGAAGCAAUAUAAGAUAUAUAAUUCCGGUGAAUCCCACCACAGCCUCCAUCGGCUGUUCUUCACUGAGCAUGGGUACGAUACUGGUCUCCCCGUCGGCUCCAAGCAUGGCGAGUUGAAUCAUCACUCCGAUUGUAUUGGCAGUCGUAUUCUGGAUCAUUUGACUACUGGAAACAAAUCUCUAAUUAAUGUAAAGUCCGCUCGCAUUGCUGGUGUUGGUUUGUCACUGGACGGUGACGAUGCUCCGACGGUCGAGCACGUCGUGGAACAAGGCGUCAUAUUUGAUUUGUUUUCCUACCUUGGACAAUACUACAAAGUAGGCCACUUAAUUCACAUCGACAAACCAAGAACGCCGUGUAAUGUCUACGAAAUGCUGGUGUGGCUGAGUGGCCUCCCGCAUAAUCGUAUCUGUGACAAACUUGAAGAUGCCAUCAAAACGUAUUGCGUGAAGCCUGAAAACAAAAAGGACAAAGAGUUCUCCGAUAUUCUUCCCAUUUACUUGAAACUGGAUAACACAUCGCCGACGACAGCGUACUAUCUACAUGAUAUAGUUCAGAACGUCUGCACAAAUGCACCUACGCUCCUCACUACCAUCCUCGGCACCGGUGACGAAAACACGACGUAUACCUGUGACUACUCCAACAAUGCGCUUAAGCUUAGGUACCCAGCGAGCGGUGAAGAUUGCCUGCAUACGUUCUUAGACAUACUCCGCCGCGUGUGGUACGUUCUCAGAUACUUGGAAGGGCAGUGCGGUCACCCGUCAUCAAUCUACGGAUGGCGUGACUGCCAAUACGGCAAGGCAGUCGACCACUCAAAUUGGCAGUGUGAGGACCACCCAAGAAAGCAACCUAAGUGCCAAGCAAACUGUCAACCAAAGUGCCAGGCAGCGUGCCAACCAAACACCCAAGCAAACUGCCAGCCGGCUUCUCCAUUGAUGAGCUAUUUCAACGACUGCCUACCAGGUCAUUUGCCACACAGGUUGGAAUCAAUCGGUUGCAAAUCGGAAUGUAAAACGUGCUCACCCAAAUCGAAGGGGCAGCCCUGUUUGACGCCACUUGGCUUCAGGGCUUUCUCCGGCUCUACCAAAACCGGCAAGGUGCUUUGCAGAAUCCUGGAUCAAUUCCUGAAUUCGGAUGAUGUUUCAUGCUUAUUUGCACUUGCGCAGAGUCCACCGGCGACAUUGGCAGAACAUUUCUGCUUCACUUUGUCGCUGGUGAAAGGAUGGUAUCCUGGUACUACAUCGUCAUACAACAACGGAUUCCAAUCAGUGUUUGUAGAAUCAAUAGAUAAGCAAUCAAUAAGUCUCUACAAGGAGACCAGCACACUUACUGACGCGCUUCGUGACGCAUACGGUAGCAGUCACAGUAGUCAUGAGGACAAAAAGCAUAAUGAAAAACCUGCUAAAAACAAAGCAGAGGAAAUUAGAAGGGGUGACUUGUCAAGUCUGUCGAUGGCUGUGGACUGUCCCGGUCAGCACUGCGGUCCAUACCUCUCACCUCUCUGCAGCGACACUUAUCGUCAGCUCCUCAGAAAGAAUUCCGACACGUACCUAUCCUGGUCGGUGUACCUUCCGUGGACAUUUUGGGAAUUACUGAACAGCUUAUACAAUUCACUCUGCGCCAUCUCUUGUCAAGAUUGGGGCUGCAAAACGUGUAUGCAGGGCGAUGCGUGCAGACGAGGAAAGCAUGGUGACUCUCGGGCAGCGUGUAAGUGUCCCUCAUUAGUUGCUUGCAGAGGCGUGUCACCAACGUUGUACAGUUAUGGAUUUAGGUUUGGCGUGCCAUGGCUGUUGGGUGACAAAGAGACGAAGAAGACGUGCUUCGACAUCCAAAAGCAGUUGCAAAAUGUCCUUCAAUCGCAAUAUUUCGAAGCACUGUUUAAGGAAUGUGAUGAAUUUAUUUUCACCAUCCGCGCCCCCUUCAUCUGGCUCAAUGUAGCCCUCUGGCUCCUCUCUCUGUUGUACCUCCUCCACAUCAUGGUCAUCCGCCUAGACCUGCUCCACAUCAAAUCGCAUUUGCAUAGUCCCUCAUCACAUCGCAUAGCUGCCCAAUCACUGCUCGCUGCUGGACGUGUUAACAAGCUUAACAGGGUGUUUUAUCUGCAACCAUAA